GGGAGAUGCCUCAAAGGCUUCAGAGCUCUCAUUCCUUCAGAAGCCUAGGCCAUAAGAUAUACUAGGAUGAGGUGUUAUUUGUGCCCCAGCAAAUUGAAAGCGAAAAAUGUUUUGUGCCCAGGUUAACCAGAGAAACCAUAUCGGAUUCAUGUUUUCUCACUUGCGAAACCAUUCCCGAGUCGAGAGACCUGCCCUGUGCUCCCGGCGUAUCGGGGGCGAUCCCGAAAGCCUCAUCUCAUCUUAUCGGCAUCAGUGACUCAGCGGUCAACGUGACCUGUGAUCUGUCACGGCUUCCUCUCUACUGCUGCCCGACGAUGAACUCGGACGAAGACGAUGAUCUUGCACGCGCCAUCGCGCUCAGUCUCGAAGAGGCACACGAUGGUAACCUCUCGAACGGUCGCACCCGCCAUCCUGCGAAGGGCAAAGCGAAAACAAGGUCGAUUCCGGCUGAGGUGGUGGUGAUCAGCGACGACGAAGAUGAAGAAGAGGCACAAGGCCGGAAAUCCCAGGAGCGAGGAAAGGAUAACAGAUCAGACGUUCCCAAGAAUCUACCAUCCGUUCAACCCAUGGCAUCAUCUUCGAAGGCACCCGUCGCCAUGCCACCACCAGCGCAGUUUACACCACCGCAACCUACACCACUUACCGAGCCGACGCCGCCCACUGCCAAUCUGCCUGCUGGCGCUGGACUUCUUUCACUGCUCGGGGACCGAGCGCAGAUGGAACGCGAGCGCUUGGCACGUCAGAAACGGCUCCGCGGGCCUUCCCCGCCCGCACCACCCCCGGUUUCAAGCGGAGAGGAAGACCUUGAUGAUGAUGAGGAGGAUGAAGACGAGGAUAUGUGGACUGCCAGCGAAGGAAGCUCGCGGAAACGCGUGCGAUUGAACUCAGCUGGGGACUCGGCAUCUCGGGGCGGUCCGUCGCAGCCACCGACGUUCCUCGACGGGGUGCUACGGAGAGUGGAGACAAAGUACGCUGAGGCGGGGCCAGGGGAAACUGGAUUGGCGCCUGGAGUCCGGUUGAGCGAGCUCAUCGGGCCCAAAGACGAGCUGGCGUUCGCGAUUCUCUCGGCUUUCGUCAUCGAUCCAUCGUGGAUCUACUCGUUCUUCGAUCCAACGACGCCAGUCAUUCUUGUUGCGGACUCGAAUACCACAAUGGCCGAAUCAUCUUCCAGCAGACCUACGCUCAAGAACAUCUUCCCGAAUUGGGUUCGAGUAUGCCCGCCCCUCGGCAACCGAGGGUGUAUGCACAUGAAGUACAUGCUGUUUUUCAAGAAGACUGGAGCGCUGCGCGUCGUGAUCAGCAGUGCGAAUCUUGUGCCACAUGAUUGGCGCGACGUGGAGAAUUACGUAUUCGUUCAGGAUGUGCCACGACUCAGACCAGCGGCCGAUUUUGUGCGUCUGCGCACGGGUGAGAAACCUGGGGAAGCGUUCCCGUCGGUGCUGGCCGGGGUUUUGCGGGCUACGGGUUUCGAAGCAGCGCUGGCUAUCAUGGAGCAGCAGGGUCACACGGAUCUGCCACUACCGACACUGAUUCCGUCGACCGUCGCUCGGGGCAAACCCAAGAUUUCGGCACUGGAAAGCAAGUGGGAUUGGUCGAGAGUGCGCGCUGCCUUGGUACCUAGUGUUCCGGGACGAUGGGAAGGCUGGGCCGGGGAUCGGGCGGUGCUCUUGAACGGUCAGACCCGUCUCUUGCGCGCGAUACAGAACCUUGGAUGUGGUUUGGACCCCGAGAAGGGAAAGCGGAAAACGGGAGAUUGGGAGAUCGAGCUAGAUUGUCUGACAUCGUCCAUAGGCACAUACACUCCACCUUGGAUUGCCGUAUUCCGGCUCUGCGCUGGUGGACGUUCGCGUGCGAUCCAAGCGUGGCUAGACCGUGGACGGAAGAAAACACCGAGACAAGGCCCAACUCGCAUCCUGUAUCCGACUCUUGAGACGAUCAAAGGCACGAAAAUGGGCGAGCCGGGCGCAGGGACGAUCUUUUGUCGGCGGGCCCAGUGGACGAAGAUCAGCGGGAUGGCUAGCGAUGCAUCUGGACUGGAGAUUCAUGACGUGCGGAGUAGAAGUGGACCAUUAACGAUGCAUACAAAGAUGAUUCUGGGCACGUUGAAAGGGCCACCGGCAGACGAUUCCGCGACGGAGAGUGACACAGACAGCGACAUAGAGGUGAUCGAGACCGGACCUAUAGGCAAGCCCCGGUCCUGGCUGUAUGUCGGAUCGCACAACUUCACCCCCAGCGCUUGGGGCAGGCUCAGUGGCAGUGGCUUCAAUCCUGUUCUUGAGGUGAUGAACUACGAGCUGGGUGUGGUGAUGCGCUUGGAGACGGAGGCGGAGGAGAACAAGGCUAUUGCGUGGGCGCGGCCGACCAGGCGCUAUGUGAAAGACGAUGUUCCUUGGAUCCAGGAAGAGAGCCCGUUCUUUGCCGAGUAGAGUCCCGAUAGAUAUGAUGGCACAUCUAGAUACUGGCAGCAGCUAGAAAACUACUUUUCUGCAGAAAGCGGGUGGAUUCCGUAUUCGCUCCUUCUGUGGCGAGUCUCAGCAAAGGGAGAUCGAGAGCGGAUAGCGUUGCAGACGUGCAGGUGACUAAGACAGGGUAGAAAAACGACAAGCACACAGCUCGUUACACUAGCUAGCCUUGCGUCUCAUAUAUUCGAAGCACAUCGAGCCGCUUGUCUCAAAACUCAUCCGAAUAUAGCACGCAUAUACUGUCGUACCGUCCAGAUUG